GCAUAGAUUUAUACGUUUAUACAAAUCUUAUUUACAUCGCCGAACAAGUUACUAAAUACCAUAAAGUACACAUUGGUAUCAAAUACGCACACUACAGACUCAUGUGUAUAUAUGUAUGGAAUUUCUAUAUAACGGUUUUUCGUGUCAACUUUUAGACGAAAAUUGCAACAAGUCGUUUUCCAGCACUAUCGGUCCUGUUGCGACCGCUUUGAUUUCAAUCGUGUAAUUUUCAGUACAAAAGUGGGUGCUAACGAUAAUAGUUGGAUUGAUCGUUUGUCAAAUAUAUUAUCUGGUUGACCUGUAAACAACUACAAUAAACAGAGGCAAUAAUCGAUUUAAAUUUGUUGCAUUUCUAUUGCUAAAUACAAUACGUGUGUACAAAGUGUCUGCAAUAAAAGCUAACUUCUAUAAUUGCAUUGUUGAUAUGCCGAAAAAAUCACGCAAAAGUUUAUUUCUUCCAUUCGAAAAGGAUGUAGUUGGACACUUCCUUAUAUAUUUGUAUGAGCUGCAAAAACCUCCUCCCAAAAGCGAUUGGCUUGUAAAGAGAAAAGAGGUGCGAAAAAUAUUUGCUGAGUUUUUGAACUUGCCUAAAAAUGACAAAAUACGCACACGUAUUGGGCAAAAUCCAGGUGGAAAGAUCGGCAAUUUUCUCAAUCGUACCGGCUAUUUAAUCGAGCUAGAAAGCGGCAGCAAAUUUUUCUGCAUAAAUUACCGGGAACUUAUGCAAUACAAAGAAAGAGAUGAAUUGCAUAAGACCCUUAAAAAAAAGCUCAUUCUGAACGAUAACGAAAAUGAAAAAAAACAUCGUUUACCGAAUAAUCUAUUUUUUAAACGAACUGAGGUUUUAGGGCAAUUUCUGCCGCCGCCUGCACUAUUGGAGUUGAAGAAGAAGAAAUUUGCUGAAGAAGUACUUUGCGAAUAUUCAUCACAAUUUGCUAAUUACUUCAAUGGUGGUCUAAUUUUUACACCAGAAAAUAUGCUAGACGUCAUGAAAUUACUGCUACAAAUUGAAGAUGUUGAGAAUUUUUCCAAAUACAGACGUAUCAUACAACGUGAUGUGAACUUAAUCCAAUCACAACAGCCAAAACGAUAUAGUUUCACGCUUUCAAGAAAAUCUCGUAAAAUCGGAUCUUCCUACGAAGUUCUGCUCAGCCGCUACAAUCGCGUUUUAAUUGUCGCCGAAUGUCCCGAAGCAAAAGCACUCACUAAAGAACAAAUUCUUGAAUUUCUAAUCAGCGGUUCGUUAGAGUUGAAUGUACGCGGUAAACCCGUAGCAACAACUUAUUUGGCUCAUAUUGAAGAUGUAAAUGACGAAUCUAAAACAGUGACUAUCGAAACUGAAGUCGGAUCAGAUCUAAAAGAACCAGAUCCAAAGGCGGUCUAUCUAAUCAUAUUUUAUCCAGCGCGACUUACACUGUGCUAUCAAUACAAUGCAUUAAGCCUGUACGGUGAAGCGCGUGCUAUGCUGCAGCAUUUCCUCUUUCCCAAUCCAAUCGUUACAACGAGUUUUCCGCGUAUGUGCUUAUCCUUCUACGACAAAAAUAUAGCGGGUAAUCCUGAGCAGGUUGAAGCUGUACAUAACAUUGUAUCGGGCUGUAAGAAUAAAAAGCUAGAAAUACCAUACAUCAUAUUUGGACCACCGGGUACGGGUAAAACUUCAAUCAUUGUAGAGUCCAUACUGCAGUUACUAUUCCAUGAUCAAAAAUCUAGAAUACUUGUUACGGCCGGUCCAAAUUGCGCUUGCGACGAGAUCGCUGUACGCAUUUGCAAUACGCUCUCGCUGGGUACAGAACCACGUGGCAAAGUUUUGGCGCGCAUAUAUAGCUACUCACAGGAGAGCCGUCGCGAAAAUGUUAAUAAAUUAUUGCUUGAGUAUUCAAAUAUGUAUGACUGGCAUUUUAUGCCGAAUGUUGCAGUACUACAAGAUUAUCGUAUUGUGGUGUGUACUUUAAGUAGCGUCGGCAAAUUGAUAACCGGUGGUCUGCAAAAUUUUACGCAUGUUUUCCUGGAUGAGGCAGCCGCUUGUUCCAUGUCUGAAGGAUUGAUUGGUUUAGUCGGUGGUUUGAAUAAAAAGUCAAAUUUUAUUUUGUCCGGUGAUCAUAAACAAUUGGGUCCGAUAAUAAACUCAAAACGUGCCGAGGCAUUAGGACUAGGUGUAUCCUUGAUGGAACGGCAAUUACAACAUAAAUGUUAUGACGUCAACGAGGCUAAUGGUCACUAUAAUCGCAGCAUACAAACACGUUUAUGUCGCAAUUACCGUUCACAUCCAGCAAUCGUGAAGCUUUUCAGUGAACUCUACUACGAUAAUAAGCUGGAGUCUAUGGCAAGCACAGAAAAUACUAAUUUGGCAGCCAAGUGGAAACGCUUACAUGACCCAAAUUUUCCGAUUUUGUUUCACGCUGUGGACGGUAAAGAACGAUACGACGACAGUGGCAGCCUUUGCAAUUACGAAGAAGAGGAAUUGGUUAUAAAUUAUGUAAACGAUUUAUUGGAUAAUGGUCUAGGCGAUGGACGCAAGUUGGAAGAAACUGAUAUUGGCAUAAUAUCGCCAUAUCGUAAUCAAUGCAUGUCAAUUCAAGAUGAAUUAAAUAACUAUCGUAAAAUUCAAAUUGAAACCGGUUCGGUUGAAACAUAUAGAGGCAAGGAGAAAGCGGUAAUAAUCGUAUCAUUUGUGCGAUCAAAAAAAAGUUUGGGUUUUCUAAGAAAUCCUAAGCGUUUAAAUGUUCUUCUUUCGCGGGCAAAAUCGCUACUCAUUCUCAUCGGAAAUAAUGUCACACUUUCGAAGCAAAGCGAUUACGAGUUUGUCAUUAAGGAGUGCCAACGUCAUGGAAAUUUUAUACCUGCUCCAGUAGUGUCUAAGAAAAAUUAAUUAACUUUCAUAUAACAAUUCAUUAAUAACCGUUGAAAUGUCACUUCCAAUAAACAUUUUUUAUAUGUACCAUUAAA